AUGCUUUUUUUAAUUAUUUUCACAUUAUUAAUUAAUGUCUUUGCUUUAGUUACUUUGACAAUAGACGAGCAAUUCUAGGAGACUGAAACUGUUUUGAAAUUGAUACAAUCUCAAUAUCAAGUGUUUUAGAGUGUUCAAAACGCUACGUUCUAUUUUUAACCCUUCCAAAUCGAUUAAGAUAAAUAUUUAACAGUUGAGUAAGAACUAUUAUUUUAAGAUAUAGACUGAUUUUUGGGUUUCCUCAUGAUGGAGAUGUGGAUAUAGAGUUUUCAAUUACAAAAAAUAAAUACGAUAAUAUUAGUUCUCAACUUGAUAUAUUUUACGAUCUAAAUGGAAAAUAUUUGAUGAAGUCAUAUCAAAUAAUUCAAAUUAACCCGUUUACUUUCGAUAAGAAUGAUAAAUUCUACAUUGAUGUGAAUAUUAGAGACACUAAUCUCACAGAUUAUUAAUAUUUAUUAAAAAUAACUAAAACUUAAAACAAAAUAUGUCCAAAUUAUUGUGGAAAUUCAUAAUCAGGAUUGUGUGAUGCAGAGAUUGGACUUUGUUCAUGUUCCUCGUAAUUUGUAGAUUUAGAUUGCUCUAAAAAGGCUUAUCAAAUAACUUUGAAAGAACCCCUUCAAAAUAUCAUAAUAUAAAAAUAAGAAUACUUCUAUUUCGAACGUGAUUAACUCAAUUCUAACAUUACUUUGAAUUUUGGAUUAAUGAAUUCCUAAUAUCAAACCUCGAAUGUUGAAAUCUUUAUAAUGUAUGAAAACUUUGAAUUAGGAGUACCAUGCGAAAAGUAUUUCAACACUUACGUUUCGGUCAACAAUUAAUCUUCUAAGUCAGAAUUAAUAGAUCUUGCACCUUUGAUAUAUGACCAAAACCUAUAAAGGUAUUAAAGAUUACUGAUCACCAUCACUGCCUAAUAACCCGCUCUCAUUUAUCUCUCAGCAAGCAUAUCUACAUCAGAUAGUAACUUUGAUAUAGAUUCAAGUCUAAUUAUUGUAUACGUCCUAGUCUCAAUAGCAAUUUUGUUGUUGUUGACCUGGAUCAUUGUUAUUGUGAUAAGGUAUAGACGAAGUUCAAGAAUUCAUGAUGAAGCCACUAACGUUUCUCAUAUUCAAAACAACAAUAAUAGAAGGAAUUCGUCUUCUUUGAAUGCAAAUAUCAUAGAUCAAUACAUGCCAAAAUUAUAAUACUUUUAAAUCUUAGAAUUUCCAGAUUUCUAGGAUUUAGAUAUUUAGGAAACAUGCUCUGUUUGCUUACUAGAAUAUUAAAAGACAGCCAUAUGUAGAUUUACUCCUUGUCAUCAUAUUUUUCAUGCAGACUGCUUGGAAUAAUGGAUUAUGAAACAUGAAAACUGUCCUUUGUGUAGAACAGCCUUAGAUUAUAAAACCUUGAAAGAUUUACUCAAUUUAAAUAGUCUCACUGCUUUUAAGUAACAUCUAUAGAAGAAUAAAAUUAAAAAACAUAAUAUAGUUAUUUAAAGUCAUUUGUUCUCUAAUGCUCAGACUGAAUUGAGAAUGAUUCAUAAUUAAUUGGACCAUCCCUGA